CGUCAGUGACUUCUGGUAGUGUAGCAGCAGUGCAGCUGCUGGUGUCGGAGGGGAGAGAGGUGCACCACCGCGAUGGACUGACCUGAAAACAGCGCUCUCUUUUUAUGUAUAUAUUGCUAAAUAUACGCACAGCUGUACGGUUUUUACCGAGACUAUCAUCUACGAUUCUUCCUCAGACAGAUUUGUGGUGAUGUUUACACAAUCAAAAGAGGACCAUGAACCCCGAUUCCUGCUCUCAUCCUCUUCCUUAUGCGAUGCCGAAGAGUGACACGUGGCCAGGCGGCAUUGCCAUGGAAUCCUUGAGCAACAUAGACAGUGCCGGAAGCUGCGACAGUGUAAUCAGCAUGAACUCUGGCUAUAGUGAAGACAGCAUGGAGCACUUAUCUGCGGAAGAGAGGGCGUGUCUCAUGUAUCUGGAGGAAACGAUUGAAGCGCUGGAGGUGCAGGAGGACAGUGGCAUAUCCAAUGAUGAACCAGAUUCUGUGUCACAGGCAGAAAAAAUGGGUCAGAUGACAGUAAAUGACAUUUCCAGUUUGAAGUCCAGAGCAGACCAGAAAUCAUACAUAUCUGAGCAUCACGCUCUAAAUCAAUCCACAGAACCACAGUCCUCUACUGCCUCUGCAGCCAAACUGACAGAUCUCAAAACAUCGGUAAACCUCAUGACUCAACCCAAACCUCCAGUCACUGAAUCAGUCGCUGGUUGGGAAAUUCCCCCAUCAGCUAAUCAGCCGCAGGUGUGUUCAUCCAAAGAUGGAGUUGGUAGUCUAAAGAUUGUCUCAAGUGAAAGGUUUUGCCCCAGUCUGUCCACUAAGGCCUCUGAGAUAGAUCUGGGUCUGAUCCCUCCACCCUCAGACUUCAUGGAUGCCCCCCCUCCUCAGCCAGAGAAAGCAAGAGACCUUCCUCCAUCUGCAGGAAUAUCCAAUAACAAGUCAGGAGCAACUGUUGACGUGGAGCAGCUACGCCAGAGAGCCUCUGUGAAGAGAAUUUCACUGAGCUCAUCUGUGACCCAGGAGCCUCCAAACAAGCCUCCAGAAGUGAGUCAUUUAGCCAGCAGCUCUGGUCCCCAAAUACAUCCUCCUCCUGCUACUGAGCCAAGAAGUCCACCUGCUGUGGCCCCUAAGCCCAAGCUUCCUCUCAACAUCGUUCUAAAGUCACACAAGGCAGCAGCGGCUGAUGGCAACUCUGGGCGUUCAGUGCCCACUAGCAGUGACCGGCUGUUGUUAGACCCCCAGAAGGUGCGCAUUGAGGCCCUCCGAAAGCUUGGCCUGCUUAAAAGCGAUGAAGCAGAUUUAGGCUCUGCCGUAAGCCCUAAACUUUCCCCCAAAACUAGAGCAUCAUGGGCAGCUCCUCCUCCUCCUCAAAUCAGCGCUGCAGCUCCACAUGCACCACCUUCAACACCAUCUUACACCCAUGUCAAAAGCCCACCUCCUGCCUCUGUCCCUGUCCAGUCUGCUGAAGCUGGUUCACCAUCAGGUACUUCUACAGCUCCUGCAGUCGAGUUUCCUGAUAUUCUCCCAGUACCUGAUGCUUUCAGUGACUCCAACGGAUCUCUGCUGUCAGAUAAUGAACUGUCUACUGUCAAAGGUGUUUCAGAGGCCGCAGUCAAUGCACCGGGGGAUUUACCUCCUCUCUCCGCUCCUGUCCCUUUGAACAACCUAAGCCCACCCAAUGUUGUAGGUGUCAAGUCAGCCACCCUGGAGCGCUGUGGCCUAGGUCUAAGCCACUAUAUGGCAGGUCAGGACUUCGAUGAGGCCAGCCAGGACGUCAGCAGCAAGCAGAGCCCCAGCCAUCUGCGUAACAGUCGGCCGCGCCCCGCCUCUCUGGGAAGUGGGAAAGAGCUUUCAAGCGCUCAGGGAGAGGGUUCCCAGGCAAGUUGUGCCGCCAGCAAAGGGUCGGAUUCCCGGAGGUCCGCGCCUCCUUUCCAGCACCCAGCAGACUCUCAGAAGCUGCCUCGAUCACAAGGCAUCAGUGUACUGAUCUGCCCUCGUGCAGAGAAUGGAGAUGACCGUCGCGAGGCCCUGAAGAGGCUGGGGCUGCUCAGGAACUGAGGCAUCGACACCAAAUCUUAAAACCCCUCUGACUGCCACGGACUCCCUUCAGAUACUAUAUUUAAAGGAACAUACCAGAGAUUGAUACAUAAUUAACGAAGACAUUCCAACUAUUUUGGGAAGCAGCUUAACCACACGUGUGCAUUAUCUUUUAAGCUAUUAUAACCAGAGACUGACUUUAAUACAUUGAAUGUUAUGUCCACACUUGCAUCCCCUUUUUACUCAUAUUUAACAGCCAGAUAUACAGUGUUUUAUUUCUCAUAAAACUGACGAUCGAGGCAUUUUGGAUAUUCACUGACUCUCUCGCUGUCGCUGUGGUGUUUAUAAAUUAAAUUAUGUUACUUUUAAGAAGCCAUGAUGAGUUGUUUUGCCAUUUUAAUGUUGCUUGUGAUGUACAUGUUUUGUAAAUCACUGUUUGCUUUCACAAGUUAUCGGUUUGCUGGUUCCUCUCUUAGUUCUCCUUUUAAGAGACUUUUAAAGGUCACUUUUGUUAAUAGUUUCACUUCCUGAAAUUCUUUGGACUUUUUUGUCUGGCUUUGUUGACCAAAGGAAGUUUUUUUUUUUUUUUAGCAAGCACUGGCUAAUAUUCAAAUGUUUGUGUACUUGGGCUGCAUCAGCGCAGUUUGUCAAAGCCAAGUCUGCAUUAUAAUUUCAGGCUGUUGAUUCAAUGAAUAAAUAAAAAAAUUUCCUGCA